AUGUCGUCCGGUAUCCUCGAAACGAAGGAGGAGUUUCACAAGGAAGAUGAGACCGAUGUUCAGCAUUCCGAGGUCUUAGCAAACGCGGAUCUCAUGAACGAUGCCUUCGAGGGUGAGAAUGAAGAGCACGCACAGGGAACAUGGGCGGCAGUCAGAAGCCAUCCAUGGGCCUUUUUUUGGGCGUUCACGCUGUGUUUCACCAUUGUCAUGGAGUCGUUCGACAUGUUCCUGAAUACCAACUUCGUUGCGCUUAGCUAUUUUAAGCGCAGAUACGGUGUCGCCGUUGAUGGCUCCUAUUCUAUCCCAACCCGAUGGCAGAGCGCCCUCUUCCAAGCUGGACAAUGUGGUGCUUUUGUCGGCGUAUAUUUAGCAGGCCCCAUCACCAACCGCAUUGGCUAUCGCUGGACUACUAUAGUGGGCCUGAUCCUUAUGAACGCCACUAUCUUUAUUUCCUUCUUUGCCGAUUCGCUCACCGUCAUGGUAAUUGGACAAGCCUUUGAGGGUGUCCCUUGGGGGUUCUUCAUUGCGAAUUCCCCCGCCUAUGCCAGCGAAGUUGUUCCGUUGAAUCUUCGAGCUGCCUGCACAGCCACUCUGCAGAUGAGUUGGUCCAUCGGCUCAAUCAUUGUCGCCGGUGCGACCUAUGGGUACAAUAAUCGGGAUGAUCAAUGGUCAUGGCGAAUGCCAACAGCGCUGCAGUGGAUUUUUCCCACCCCCCUUAUAGUCCUCGUGUUCCUCGCCCCUGAAUCUCCCUGGUGGCUGAUUCGCCACGGACGCAAGGAGGAGGCUCUUCGUUCUAUCAAAAGGCUUGGUGACAAAUCUCCAGAGAGCGCCCAAAAGAAACUUGCAAUGAUUGAGCGAACGGUUGAGAUUGAAGCUCAAAUGGGUGGUACCCCUACCCUCCUCGACCUUGUCAAGGGAACUGAUUUAAGGCGAACGAUUAUCACCUGUUUAAUGUACGCGUCACAGAACUUUGCUGGUAACCUGAUUGCCAACCAGGCAACUUUCUUUUUCGAGCAGGCCGGCAUCUCGCCCGACAAGGCUUUCCAACUCAAUCUAAUUAACUCCUGUCUUCAAUUUGUCGCCAACGCAUGCUCUUGGUUCCUCACCGCUUGGUUCGGCCGUCGCACCAUCUAUCUCUGUGGGUUGGGAACUAACAUCACGCUACUGAUUGUUCUCGGCAUCUGCGCGUCUGUUACACAGACCUCUGCAACCAACUACGCCCAGGCCGUUUUAGGCAUCUUGAUCUCAUUUGUGUUUGCCGGUACCCAAGGUCCCAUCUCAUACACUAUCAUUUCGGAGACAUCCUCUGUACGCCUUCGCGCUUUAAGCACCGCUGUUGGGCGUUCCGCCUACUAUAUAGCAGAGAUCCCCAUGAUCUACCUAUCUUCCAAGAUGCUGAAUACGACAGGAUGGAACCUCGCAGGCAAGUGUGGUUACGUCUGGGCAUUCACCGCCUCUGUCUGCUGGAUUACGGCCUUCUUCUUUCUUCCGGAGCUCAAAGGCCGCUCCUACCGCGAGAGCGAUAUCUUAUUCAAUCGCAGGACUCCUGCUAGGAAGUUCAAGUCCACUAUCAUUGAUGUUAAGGAUAAUGAGUAA